CCACCCUCUCUCUCUCUCUCUCUCUCUCUCUCUCUCUCUCUCUCUCUCUGGCGUUGGGAUCGGUUCUUCUUAUCUCUUCGGGUUCUUCUUCUUCGUCAUAGUCUUCUUCAAAUUCAGUUUAAUCAAUCAUUGCUUUCUAUAUCCCCGCACAGAGCUUGAGCCGUAUCCGCGCCGUGGAUUGUGUCCGUAGGGGUUGAAGCCCCUACCUCAGGGUUUCCUUCUCAUCGCACCGGCUCGCAGGCUGCGUAAAAAUGUCUACCCCUGCAAGGAAGAGGCUGAUGAGAGACUUUAAGAGGCUGCAGCAAGACCCUCCUGCUGGCAUCAGUGGUGCUCCCCAUGAUAACAACAUCAUGCUCUGGAAUGCCGUCAUCUUUGGUCCUGAUGAUACUCCAUGGGAUGGAGGUACGUUCAAGUUGACUCUUCAAUUCACGGAAGAUUACCCAAACAAACCACCAACAGUGCGAUUUGUUUCUCGAAUGUUCCAUCCUAACAUUUAUGCAGAUGGAAGCAUCUGUUUAGAUAUAUUACAAAAUCAGUGGAGUCCUAUCUAUGAUGUCGCAGCAAUCCUCACAUCUAUCCAGUCACUGCUGUGUGACCCAAACCCAAAUUCUCCGGCAAAUUCUGAAGCUGCUCGGAUGUUUAGUGAGAACAAACGAGAAUAUAACCGAAGAGUUAGGGAAAUAGUGGAGCAAAGCUGGACGGCCGACUGAUAGACUUCUGGAUGAAGGUGACAAUUCUGUCCCAAUGCAAGUAUGGGGUUGUGAAACUGUAUCAUGUGAUUCCUUGUGUUACAAAUGCUGGUGUGUGUUGCAGAGCAUGUAAUGAACAAAAAUAUUCGAUGGUUGUGAAUUUGUCUACCUACAAGGACCCGAUCAGGUCGGAUUUAUUGGUCAUGUGCUAAUUCCUUGUACCAUAUCAUGCUAUUACCUGUAAGAUUUCUUGUGAUUAGGGUAACCUGUGUUUGUAUUUGUGGUUCUUGAGA